CCUCAGCCUCCUCCCUUGAAAUACACAUUAUAUAAGUAAGUUUGGCGGGUGGUAAGACAUCCGGGCUUGCUAGCACGCUCUGCCCGCUCGCUCGCGGAGUCGUGCCCGCCGACCAACCUCGCAAGCGAAAUGCCUACGAAGAUUGAGUUUCCCGCAAGGGCAUCGGUUCUCAAGCUCCCGCGUAUCAGUCGCAAAACGGCGCUUGCAGGCGCGGUGGUGGGGGGCGUGCUCAUGGGCGGCGCCGUCAUGAGCCUGCCCUGGGAGGACGAGGUGGUGAUCGGGGGUUUGGAGCGCGACGUGGCCGCUGACCGCCAACUGACCCACCUGGGGCCGCUGGCGACAUCGCAGUACAUCCGGAACACCGUGUACUUUGACUCGCACGGAGUUAGAUGUGAGGCUUGGUUCUACGAGCCCAGUGGCGCGACACGGGCCCAGUUCGACCUCGGCAAGCCUCCUCCCAUCGUGAUUAUGGCGCACGGGCUGGGAAGCCAGAAAGACAUGGGUCUGCAUCCGUACGCCGAGCAGUUCGCGGCGUCGGGUCUGGCGGUGCUGGUGUUUGACUACCGCUGUUUUGGCGGCAGUGACGGCUGGCCGCGGCACGAGGUCAACUGGCGCAAGCACCUGGAGGACUGGGAGGCGGCGGUGGAGUGGGUGGUGGCGGGCGGGCUGGGCACGGGCCGUGUGGAUCCAGCCCGGCUGGGGCUGUGGGGCGUGUCGUACAGCGGCGGGCACGUGCUGGCCACGGCGGCGGCGCUGGGGUUGGGGCGUGUGCGCGCGGUGGUGGCCAACGAGCCCUACCUGCAGGCCCAGGCGGCAGUGGCCAAACUGCUCAGGGAGCGUGGCGCGGUGUCCAUCGCGCGGGCCAUGGCGGCGGCCGUCAACGACAAGGUGCGCGGGAUGCUGGGCCUGCCGCCCGCCUACAUCAAGCUGGUGGGGCGCACAGGCGAGCUGGCGCUGCUGCAGCUCAACGACGAGGAGUGGGCGCAGAUCCAGCGGCCGGCGCCGCAGCGGCAGGGCGGGUGGAAGAACCUGGCCACGGCGCGGAUGCUGCUGGGCGCCGCCGCCUACAGCCCUCUGAGCGCCUGCAGCGGCAUCAAGUGCCCGGUGCUGGUGGUGGCGGGCAGCCGCGACGAGAUCUGCCCGCUGGAGCUGGCGGCGCAGGCGGUGGAGCGCAUCGGGCCGCAGGCCACGCUGCUGGCGCGGCCGCACGGUCACCUGGAGCUGCACCGGCGCGGGGCGGAGCCCGAGUUCAUUCAGCCCGUCAUCGAGUUCCUGCAGAAGCAGCUGGGCGGGGUGGUGGUGGACGCAGCCCCUGCCGGGCCCCUGGGCCACACCACGUCCGUGUCGCAGUUCGGUUGAACCGGCCCAGCGUGGCGUGGCGUGGCACGUGACACGUGGCGACAACGCUGGCUGGCGGCAACGCUGGCGGCAGCAACAGACAAGUCGCGCAGCGGUCCAUCCCACGGGUUUCCUUAGGCGUGGCAUGCCAUUGUCACCGCGUGCGGCUCGUUACCCAGCAGCGGUUUGGCUUGCAUUUGCGGGCAGGUGGCCGUUACGUGUGGCUGUAGCUCUGUACACUAUGGUACGGGUAUUGGGUUAACUGACCUGGGGUCACGACCGUGCAAGCAGGUGUCAUGUCCUGGCAUGGGAAGUAAGGUGCAGAGAGCAACGGGUGGACGACAUGGGGGGAGGGGGGUCCGAGGUGUCAGGAUGUUCGCUGUCCUGGUCUUUUUGGGCUGCUUGCUGGUGCUAGGCAAGUGCAAAGAGAGGAGGGCCAAGUGGUCGACACCGUAGAUGCGCUCGUGCGAUGGCGCCUUGCUUUCACACGACGUUUGCACCCUUGCGGGUGCAGGGGACAAGAAAAAUACAAUGGAUUUCCAAAUGCUUUCGCACAACUUAUUAAUUCUUGGGGUCUGAGGAAAUCUGCAAAAUACGUUUUGGUCUCAGGUAUCAGACAAGAAACAUGGCUCUCCCGUGGCUGUGCCGCCACGCCAGGUUGAGGCCAAAGGUUUCAAAGCUACCUAAUCUCCCGGGCAUAGCGGGGUCCGUUCGUACAGGCACCGCCCGCCAUGUGUCCGCCGCGUCCCGCUGUCAAGUUGGGCAGCAGGCAACAAACCAAAUAGCAGGAAUCAAACAAAACUGCCCCACACACAGUGCCACGCUAUGCUAGCCAGCAAAUACUGCAAAUCAGAAACCGGUAGGUCUCAACCUGCGCGCCGGCACCGCUUCUCGGGCGCCGCCGCGCUCUCCUCCUCCAGAGUAACGGACAAAAAGCAGCGCCGGGCAAGGCCGGCGCUGCGCCCUUGUAGCCGGGCGGCAGCCUCAUCGCGCGGCAUGGCACGAACCAACCACCAUCCCCGUGGCACGGCCAGUUCCUACUCUGCCGGUCACGAGCUAGGCUCAAACCGGCAGAUGGGCAUGAGACGCGAACGAAGGUUCUCCUUGUGCACCCGGCGAUGCGUGGUGCACGUUGUGACGUUGAUGUCGGUCACUGUUCACAUCAUCAGGUGUCACGCUGUUGGGUCUUUGGGCACGGGCAGGUUGGUCGGUUAGCAGCUGUCUGUGUGCCCCCUGGUCUG